AUUCACGGUAAAACUGAUAAGAACUAAGAAACGAAAUCAAACAAUCCUAUUGGUUAUUUACUUUAACUACCAACUAUUUGUAUGGUUAUGAUUGUUUUGACAUGCUGACCGACGACCGUUAUUUAUUAAAAAAUUGAUUAUACAUCAGCUAAUCUUCUAAGUUCUCAGUUCUCAGUGUUCUCACUGUUCUUGUUGUCUUUUUCUUAGUCUCUUACUUUCUCAGUUCUUACACUGAGUUACACAGUUAAGUACGUUCAUAAUUUAUAAUUUUAUAUAUAUUAUUUGCAUAGGAUACACUGACUGCAGCUGAAUGUAAUAUUUUAUAUUUUAUACUUCAUAAUAUUAUAAUAAUAAUAGAAAUUAUAAAUCAAAGGAGAGUCCAGAUUCGUCAUAUUUUUACUAAAACUUAUGAAUUAUUAUCUAACAGGUAGUAUGUCACAACAGUUUUUGAACAGUUUUAACAUACUUGAAGAGUAUGAAAAUAUUCAUGCUAAAUGGUGUGCUGAAUUAAUAGCAAAUGGAAGAAAAACACUUCUGUCAUUGCGUAAUAUUAUUGAUAAUGAUCUGCUAAUAAAUUUGAUGGACAGUUUUAUGAAAUUUGUCUCCUUACUUUCUCAAUGUGAUCCUAAUUCAUUAUCAGUUGAAAAAAGCACUUAUAAACCAAGUGAUCCAGCUUUAAAACAUCAAAAUGAAAGCCAAGAUUUAUUGCCAAAGAAUGAUAUUAUUAAGAUGAUGAAUAGUGAUCUUCAAUGUCCAAUUUGUAAUGAAUGGCUAUUUAAAGCAACUUCUGCAAAUUGUAAUCAUACAUUUUGUGAAACAUGCAUAAAAAAAUGGUUAAAAAUAAAUAAAACAUGUCCAGUUUGCCGUACGCCAAUUCAAUAUACUUCAACUUCUAUAGUAGUAGACAAUUUUAUCACAAACUUGUGUCACUUAUUUGGUGGUCUUACUAAGGAACGGCGUGAAUCAAUAAUGAAUACUCGUUUAGAUGAUAAGAAAAAAACUAAUACUAACAUUACUACAAUUGAUGAAUUAAUUAAUGAUUUCAACAUUGAUCAGUCAAUUGAAGUUGAUACAUUUAUUAGCCAAAAUGACACUAUUUCAACAAUGUCACAUCCAAAUACAGUUCGUUUAAUUCCUUAUCCUCAAACACCUGUAUCUAGAGAGAAUUCAAGACAACCAAUAGUUGGCCCUAAUACACCUCAUCCUAACACAGUUCAAUUAUUACCUUUUCCUCAAUCAUCCAUAGCAUCUGUUGCAAGCCCACGUUCUAAUCGCAUUCAACCAACAUCUGUAUUAAGUCCACGUGCUAAUCGUCUUCAACCGACUUCUCCAGUAUCUGUGAUAAGCCAGCGUAUUAAUCGUAUUCAAUCGACUUCUCCAGUAUCUGUGAUUAACCAGCGUAUUAAUCGUUUUCAACCAACUUCUCCAGUAUCUGUGAUUAGCCAGCGUAUAAAUCGUAUUCAACCAACAUCAUCAACAUCUGUUGCCAACUCAAAUACUCAUCGCCUUAGAACUAAUACAAAUAUUGGUUCAUCAUCAUCUCGAUAUCAAUCAAAUAUAGGCAGUUUACCAUUUUCUUAGAAAAAUUCUCAUAAAAUAUCCGAUAUAAUAAAUGAAUACAUUAAUACAACAUAAUUCAAAAUAUUCAUAUACAAGUAGUCCACAAUAAGAUCCUUAUUUAUACAUAUAAAUUAAAUUUAUAUCAUCUUAGUGAACCAUCAAUAAAUCCAUUAGAAAAAAUUAUUGAGUACUUAUGGAUUGUAGUUUUAAAUUAUUGAGGGGAUUGUAAUUAAUAUUAAUAUUUCCUAUUCUUAAUUAACUUUCAUUAUUUGUUUUUUUUUUUUUUUUUUUUUUUUUUAAUUUGUGUAUAGUUUACAGUUUUUUAUUAUUAUUUUUAUUUUUAUUUAAAGUAUACUUUUUUUUAUAUAUAAAAUGAUCUAACUCCUUGUCUAACUAAGAACCUUGACACAAAAUUGCUGUCACAGAACUGACUAUUGUAUUAAAUGACAAAUCUAAUCAUCAUAUUUAUCUUAUAAGUAUAAUGUAUUGUAAUGAAGCUGAUGAUUAGAAUAAGUACCACUUAUAUUAUUUUUUUAAUUAAUUUUAUUGGAAUAAUAAUAAAAAAAUAUAUUUUGAAUAA